AUGAAGCUUCUACUCCUCUUGUCCUUUCUCACGGCGGCUUCCUGCGUCUCCAUCUUUGAAAUCACCGGGGAUCGCUUUAUCUCGCCGCUUCGAGGCCAGCGCGUCUCCAAUGUGACUGGGAUUGUCACGGCCAAGGGCCCUGACGGGUUCUGGCUGCGUUCUGUCACACCUGAUCGCGACGCCAGUACUUCCGAGUCCAUUUACGUCUUUGGUAGGACCGCCGCAACCCCCCGCACUGUUGGAGAACAAAUCGUUCUCAGUACCGCUACUGUGACCGAAUUCCGCACGUCGGCCGACUAUUUGUAUUUGACCGAGCUCACCAACCCCGGCAAUGUCACGGUUAUCUCGUCCGGGAAUGAUGUCUCGCCCAUUGUGAUUGGCGCUAGGGGACUGAACCCUCCCACAGAGCAGUACUCUUCGCUGGACAACGGCGAUGUGUUCGGUCUGCCCAAUAAUGUCAGUCAGAUCUCCGUGGUCAACCCUGUCCUAGAGCCCCAGCGCUAUGGACUGGAUUUCUGGGAAAGCUUGACCGGCGAAUUGGUCUCCGUGCCAGGGGCUCGAGCAGUUGCGAGGCCAAAUCGCUUUGGAGAUACAUGGGUUGUCGGAGACUGGAGGACGACGGGGGAGAACGAAAGAGGUGGUUUGACCAUGACGGAUCAAGAUGCAAACCCGGAAGCUAUCCUCAUUGGCACGCCUCUUGACGGCUCCAGGAACCCCAGUACUACAGUACUGGGCGACAGCUUCGAAGAUAUCACCGGCAUUGUCACCCAAGCCUUCGGGUUCUACCGCAUUCUACCAUUGACGAGCUUAGUGGUCAUAUCCUCCCCCCAGCCUGCUCUGCCCCCUCCGACAGAACUUACCUAUUCGGGCAACUGUGGAGGGCUGACCAUAGGAUCCUACAAUGUCGAAAACCUCUCUCCAACCUCACCCAAUCUGAACCAGAUUGCUUCCGACAUUGUCAACUACCUAAGAAGCCCGCCAUUGAUUUUUAUUCAAGAAAUUCAAGACGACAAUGGCCCAACGAAUGAUGCUAUUGUCUCAGCCAACCUUACCCUAUCCACGCUGUCCCGCGCUAUUACCGCUAUCAAUCCUUCCGCCUCCUAUGCAUUCACCAACAUUGACCCCACUGACGAUACCAAUGGUGGUCAGCCCGGCGGCAACAUUCGAACAGCUUACCUGUUUGACCCGCGGGUUCUGCGUCUUCGCUCCGCCAAUCCCGGUACAGCCACGUCUGCCAAUGAGGUCUUGCCAGGCCCCACACUAAGGUUUAAUCCUGGCUUGAUCGACCCGCUGAACCCUGCCUGGGUUGAUAGCCGGAAGCCGCUUGUUGCCGAGUGGGAGAUCUUGAAUAGCACGGGAAGUUUCUUCACCGUCAAUGUGCAUUUUGCGAGCAAGGGCGGCAGCUCAUCGCUUCAUGGUGACGCCAGGCCGCCUGUCAACGGCGGUGUGGAUAUCAGAUUGGCACAGGCGAAUAUUACUGCUAAUUUCAUCGCCUCCAUCCUUGCGCAGAACUCAAACGCGCCGGUAAUCGCAUCUGGGGACUUCAACGAAUUCGCCUUUGUUGCUCCCUUGGAGUCCUUCGUGGAGAUCUCUGGCCUGCGCGAUGCGGAUGUCUUGGCUGGCUUGAGCCCCGAGGAGCGCUACACAUACCUCUUCGACAUGAAUACCCAGCAACUGGAUCACACGUACGUGAGUCGUGGAGUUAGGAACGUGGAGCUUGAGCACGUGCAUAUCAACACCUGGGGAGCGAACGGGGCAAGUGAUCAUGAUCCCACGGUGCUGAAGGUUGGAGUGUGUGCAAGGUAG